CGAUACGCACACAGACGGCCCAAACGAUGAUGAUGUUACAGCAUCUACCGCCGUCCCAUACGUUCGUCGGCAGUUCGGCCGGUUCGACAACUAGUGCCACUGCGUCUCCAUCACCACCGGCUCCAUCCGACACACCGACACCUCCUCCUCUGCCUCUAGCCGCUGGCGCCACCAAUGUGUCCCCGCCGUCCUCCCCCGUUACCGAUGCGGAACAGCCCGAGAAUUGUAGGGCAACUCCCGAGCAGUCGCGAAUCAUCAUACGCCAUCAUCAACAGCGUCCAGGAACACCACGUUCCGCUACUCCUCCAGCACGGGUACGCUCUACCAGCGUGUCGGCCGAACACCAUGAAGAAGUAUUGGAAAAAGUCGUCACAUCACCCUCACCACGACACGUGAGAAACGCCGAGUCUCGAAGCAGAUCCCGAUCGCGAUCCAGGUCUAGGUCCUCUUCGCCAAGAUCUGCCGCUGGUUCUCCUGUUGCACGAUCGGAACCGAUCGAUCGGUCCAAAACGCCUCCACCAGCGCCACCCGCCGAGCGUGUCAACGUUAUCCGCUACAUCAAGGAAGAACGUCCCAGGUCCAUCAUAAGGCGAAGCUCCACCACCGAGGAGAUGGACACCGAGCGGCGUCAGUCACACUUCGACCAACAGUCGACCGACGAAACACGGCCGGAGUUGCAUCGCCGUCGGCAUUACAGUGCCGAAACGGGCAACGAAGCAGACGACGAUGAAGAGGACGAACCACGUGCAGGUGACUACUACGCCGGCGCCACUAGACGCACCAGCCCGUAUCGGCCCUAUGCGCUGCAGCGAACGAUUUCCGAACAACCCGCCACCGUACCGUACGCUCACCAGCGACUCUACCACAAGUCGGCCAGGCGCGAUUCGUGCAGUCCUCGGCGCAUGAUCACCGAUCAGGAUGAUUCCGACUACAGCGAACGUAGCCAUGGAAGUGUGGUGGUACGUCCCGGCGAAGAGACACACAGCGCGGAGAUGAUCCGGACGGCACCCACCGAAGAGACGGAGCGUUCGGAGCGGUUAAGACUGGCCCGGCCAGACCGAUACACCACCAUACUGCCGAGGCCGGAUGCGUACGAAGAGGAAGCGGAAGGCGAUGCCGAAGAGGAGGAGGAAGACGAAGAGGAGGAUGAAGAGCUGGAAGAGGAAGAUCGCGAUGCGCCGCUGGAUCUGUCGAUGAAGAUCAAACGCCGUCCGAGAAGCGGUUCCGUGACGGACGAUUCGGACGAUUCGGCUGCCGAACAUCACAGCCGUGGUCCGGAGAGUGCUGCGUACAAGAAGAGUCUAAUGAAACGAUACCUGGACACCGAGAUACCGAUCCUGCCGCAAUCGCCGAGCCCUCCGCCACAAUCCCAACGGUCGUCCCUGGCCGGUGGGCAGUCACAGCAAGCGUCCAGCCUACUAGCCAGCACGUUGCAGCCGUCCCAGCAGCACAGGCCUCUACUGCACGGGCUCCUGAGCGGUACGCACCUACCGCAGGGACCGUACCAUCGUGGCUACAGCACGUCCAGCACAGGUUCACUACCUCCGAGUCCCGCCGACAGUGGAGUGUCCGAUGUGGACAGCUCCAGCAGCGGAGGCCAGCCGGCCUGCAGUGACGAGCUGAAGGCUCGCCUUGGCAUUCCGACCAGCAGCACCGGACCGGUCAGCAACCAACCGGGCCAACCGUCACAUCCGCACCAGCAGCAGCAGCAACAGCAACACCAGCAGCAAGCAUCCCAGCAGCAACAACAGCAUCACCAGCAACAUCACCAACCACCACCGCCCCAACAUCAGCUCUCGCAGAGUCAAGGACUCUCGGUGCAUCCGAAUGGAGGGACCGGCUCACCGAACGGCGGUACGGGCGGUUCCCUCUCGUCCUCGUCCGCUCUCUCCCAGGUGGCAGCGGCUGCCGUCGCUGCGGCCGCCACCCAACAGCACCUACAGCAGCAGGCCGCCCAUCUACAGUCGGGACCGUUUCUGCGACCCAACUUUUACCAUCACAAUUCGCCACCGCUUCGCAACAUCUGGAACCAGCGGAGCGUACCACUGUCCGACAACUAUCACUACCUGCAUUCGAUGAACUCACCCAACGGCUACCCAUCUGCAGCGGCCGCAGCUGCCGCAGCAGCCGCCAACCACUUCGCAUCCGGUGGUGCUACGAACGGAACUGCCAGCAAUGGUGCUCCAACCGGUGCGUUAGGUCGUGGCGCUGGGGCCGCUUCUGCCGGUCAGCUCGCAGGCAAUGGAGCGAUGGGACAACAUGGACAUCUUGCACCACAUCACACCACGAACCCUGCCCACCAUCAUGCACAUCUUGGACAGCAGCAUCUCGGACAUCAUCCACACGCCGGGAAUGGACACGUUGGUGGUGGUGCAAACUCUGCUGCUGCCGCCGCAGCUGCCCUCAUGGCGAACGGCAUCGUAAACGGAUUGGGUCACCAUGGUCAGCACGGACCGCACAACGUAUCGUCUAGCUGUCCCGAUGAUCUGUACAUGCUCGAGCUUGGUUUCCAGCCGCGAAAGCUUAAGAAACCGAAAAAGCCCAAACUCGAGAUGGGUGUGAAGCGAAAGUCGCGCGAAGGUUCCACCACGUAUCUGUGGGAGUUUUUGCUAAAGUUGCUGCAGGACCGUGAGUACUGUCCACGGUUCAUCAAGUGGACGAACCGGGACAAGGGUGUGUUUAAGCUGGUCGACUCGAAGGCAGUCUCGAAGCUGUGGGGUUUACACAAGAACAAGCCGGACAUGAACUACGAAACGAUGGGACGAGCGUUACGAUACUACUACCAGCGGGGCAUAUUGGCGAAGGUGGACGGACAGCGGCUGGUGUAUCAGUUCGUGGACGUUCCGAAGGACAUCGUCGAGAUUGACUGUACCGGUGCCUGAAGUCCGCGGCGGGGUCGUACCCGUUGCGGGAUACGACCCACGGACAGAACACCGCUGUCCGACCAGCAACAGCAACAAAUCCUACGCUAGUCCGGAUUCUUCCAGAA